AUGGCAUCGGUCGCGACGCUUAGCAAGGAUGUGCCUGAUAUCGAAGUGAGUAUCAAAUGCAUCGCGGUGUUCAAAAUUUCAGUGAAACGUAUUUUAAUUAAAUGUCGAACGCUUCUUUUUUUUUUUUUUUUAAGAAUCUUUUAAGUUUAAACCCGAGAAUAAAACCAUUCGCUAACCUUGUUCCCUCGAUGCAUACCAAAGAAACUAAGAAAAAGUGGAAAAGGAAUAUCAACGAAAACUGCAGUAUAUGUCCAUCUUUGACGAAGAAUUUCGAUGACAUUAAGCAUACCACAUUAAGCGAACGUAGUGCAUUGAAAGAAGCGGCGCGUUGUUUAAAAUGUGCGGAUGCUCCCUGUCAAAAGUCAUGUCCCACGCAAUUGGACAUUAAAUCCUUUAUAACUUCUAUUUCAAAUAAGAAUUACUAUGGGGCAGCAAAAGCGAUUCUGUCCGAUAAUCCUCUCGGGCUUACUUGCGGCAUGGUUUGUCCGACAAGUGAUCUAUGCGUGGGUGGUUGUAAUUUACAUGCAUCUGAGGAAGGACCCAUCAAUAUCGGUGGUCUUCAACAAUUCGCCACAGAUGUCUUCAAGCAAAUGAACAUACCACAAACUAGAAUUCCUGGACAAAGUGUUCCACAUCCCGAUACUAAAAUCGCUUUGCUCGGUUGUGGGCCAGCUUCGUUGUCCUGUGCAACAUUCCUUGCACGGUUGGGUUAUGAUAAUAUUACAAUAUUUGAGAAAGAAAAUUACAUCGGUGGCUUAAGCUCGUCAGAGAUCCCGCAAUAUCGACUGCCAUACGACGUUGUUAAGUUUGAGAUAGAUCUUGCGAGAGAUUUAGGUGUGAAGAUCGAACUUGGUAAAGUAUUAUCCGAGAAUGAUCUAACGAUACAGGGUCUUCAAAGUUCCGGCUAUAAAGCAAUCUUCUUAGGAAUUGGUCUUCCAGAAGCGAAGAAUAUUCCAAUUUUCUCAAACCUUACGGAAGAGAUGGGUUUUUUUACCUCGAAGAGUUUUUUACCAAAGUUUGACCUAGCAAGAGAGGAAAAAUGCGAAUUCGUUCCUUUCCAAUCACCUAGAGAGGUAAUUACUCGAAAUGGAAAGAUAAUUGCAAUAGAAUUUUGUCGAACCGAGCAGAACGAGAAUGGUGAAUGGACAGAGGACGAGGAACAAGUCUGCAAAUUGAAAGCGAAUUUUAUUAUAUGUGCAUUUGGUUCAGGAUUGCAAGACUCGAGCGUGACGCAAGCUAUGGCGCCCAUUAAAAUGAAUAAGUGGAACUUACCGGAAGUAGACAUGGAAACCAUGAGUACCUCUGUACCCGGUGUCUUCUGCGGUGGAGAUCUUGCUGGUGUUGCUCAUACUACCGUUGAAUCUGUAAAUGACGGAAAAACAGCAGCUUGGUAUAUUCAUAAAUAUAUUCAGAAUUCUUAUAAUUUGGAAGUACCCGAAGUUCCUCAAUUACCUAAAUUUCACACUCCGAUCGAUGAUGUUGAUAUAUCUGUCGAAAUGUGUGGUUUAAAAUUUGAAAAUCCUUUUGGACUCGCUUCUGCACCGCCGACCACCUGUAGUACCAUGAUUAGACGAGCUUUUGAGGCUGGAUGGGCGUUUGUUGUUACAAAAACAUUCUCUUUAGAUAAGGAUCUUGUUACAAAUAUAUCUCCACGAAUAAUUAAAGGCACAACCUCUCGUCACCAUUACGGCCCAGAGCAAAGUAGUUUUUUGAAUAUUGAAUUAAUAUCUGAAAAGUCAGAAGCUUAUUGGUGUAACAGUAUUACAGAAUUGAAAAAAGAUUUUCCAUCUAAGAUUAUUAUCGCUAGUAUUAUGUGUACAUAUAAUAGAGAAGAUUGGACGGAACUUGCUCAAAAAGCUGAAACAGCCGGUGCUGAUGCGUUAGAAUUAAAUUUAUCUUGCCCUCACGGAAUGGGAGAAUCUGGAAUGGGUUUAGCUUGUGGCCAAGAUCCUGAACUGGUAAGGAAUAUUUCAAGAUGGGUUAAGGAAGCCGUAAAGAUACCAUUCUUCGUGAAAUUAACGCCAAACAUCACUGACAUCGUUUCAAUAGCUAAAGCAGCUUACCAAGGAUAUGCCGAUGGAGUAUCUGCCAUAAAUACGGUUCAAAGUUUAAUGGGAUUGCACGCAGAUGCAACGCCAUGGCCAGCCGUUGGCAUUAAAAAAGCUACAACUUAUGGGGGUAUGUCAGGAAAUGCAACUAGACCUCAAGCUUUAAGGGCAAUUUCUGCCAUUUCGAAAAAUCUUCCUGGAUUUCCAAUACUUGGAAUUGGUGGUAUUGAUUCAGCGGAUGUUGCUCUUCAAUUCUUACAUUGUGGCGCAUCUCUUCUGCAGGUUUGCAGCGCUGUACAGAAUCAAGAUUUUACUUUGAUUGAUGAUUACCUGACUGGUUUAAAAGCCUUGCUAUACUUGAAGAGUUUGAAACAAGUAAAAGAUUGGGACGGACAGAGUCCACCAACGUUUAAACAUCAAAAAGGAAAACCAGUUGUAUUACACCAUGCUCUUGGCAAAAAUAUACCAUAUUUUGGAGAGUAUCAAAAACUCCGAGAACAAAAAAUAGCUGAGAUUAAAGCUAACUCGAAUCCGUUCGAUAAAAUUGACACAACGAGACCUACUUUGAAACCUAUUGCGCCUAUACCAACUGUAAAAGAUGUUAUUGGUAAAGCUUUAGAUCAUAUUGGCACGUAUAAGGACUUGAAUAACAAAGAACAAGUGGUAGCAUUGAUAGAUGAUGUAUCAAUUAAAUUUGAUCCUGAAACUCACAUUCCACUAGUGACAGAUGAUUGUACAGGUUGUACACUUUGUCUUUCAGUAUGUCCUAUUAUUGAUUGCAUUACGUAAGUUAAUUAUUUAUUAAAAUAAAACUUCAUUUUAAAUGAAACUAUAACUAUUUAAUUUAAUUUUCAUUAACUAUAACUAUUUAAUCUAUUUUUCAGCAUGGUUCCUAAAACAAUACCUCAUAUUAUUAAAAGAGGAAUACCACCGAAAGGAGCGCUUCUUGAACAUCUCAAACUAUAA